AUGAUUAAUACUACACAAUUCACCUCCCGCCUCGCACGCUUAACUCCGAAACGUCUAUCAUUCUCGAUACAUCACAUCAAACAAGGAAACAGACAUGGGCUCCGAAACGGAAGGUGUAUCGGAUCACUUGGAACUUCACUGAACACGACCCACAAUUACACCACACAAGGUGUUAAUUCGUUUCCCAAGACUACCUCUCUGCACAUCCCCGUAACCGUCUCUUCUUCCUCAUACACGUUUCCUUCCUCCCGCAUAGUCUCUGCUUCCCUCAAACGUACCAUUCACUCGUCUUCCGUACACCGCAAACCCCAUUCAACAGUUCCUUCACAUUUUCUUGAGGUUGUUCGUGAGCCUUCCACCGGUCCAUUAAUUCCCGAAAUCAGUUGUUACCAAAGUUUUGCUGCGCACAGAUCAUAUACGCUAGUAUCAGGUGCAGCUGGAAUCCCCAAGCAAUCCUCACAACUAAUAACCAUCAGCGACGGAAAGUACCAUUCUGUUGGUUGUGGAGAAGAUAAUUGGUUCACGAGACAUGAUUCAUUGGGCGUGGCAGAUGGUGUAAGCGCAUGGGGAAGGCAUGAAUCGCGAGGAGCGACAAGACCAGAUCCUGCCUUGUUAUCAAGAAAGCUGAUGCAUAGUGCCUAUGUUGAACUGGAAAAGUAUGAUAACGCAGAAAAGGACAGUCAUGACAAUGUGGAUCCGAAACAAGUGCUCCAAACGAGUUACGAACAGACUAUGCGUCAAUGCGCUCUAGAGCGAAUAGUAGGCUCAACAACAGCUCUUAUAGCAGUUUUACGUAACGAUGAAUUGCGAAUUGCCAACCUGGGCGAUUGUGGAAUUUGCAUAAUCCGCAAUCAAAACAUAAUCUUCCGCAACGAAGAACAGCAACAUUCUUUCAACUACCCAUUCCAGCUUGGAACCGGUUCUUCAGAUGCACCGCGUGACGCCCAAGUGUUUGUUGUAAAAGUUGUUAGAGGAGACAUAAUAAUUGUUGGAUCAGACGGGAUAUUCGAUAACCUGUUUGACGAAGAUAUUGUCGAGGAGGUUAAACGCUCUAUGAAGGGAAAACGGAACGCGACAGCAUCACCUAUAAGUCCACAGGUUCUAGCUGAAUCGCUGGCGUUUCGAGCAAAAGGAACUAGUCAAGACCUGGAAUGUAGCAGUCCAUUCGAGAGCAGAGCUUCGCGGGAGGCAUUCUAUUAUACUGGCGGGAAGGUGGAUGAUAUUAGUGUCAUAGUUGCAGUAGUAGAGGAGAGAGUUUGA